CCAGCCGCACAGCUAAACCACCAUAAUGCAAGAAUCCACGUUUUCUUCCCCGCAAUGAAUCCUUAUAAUGAAACCAGAACCGAGAGAAGCGCCGAACAUUACCUAUUUGCCGUCGGUACCUACAAACUUCUCGCCGUGGCCAUCGGAACCAUCGGAGCGUUUGGGUUUUGCAACAACGUUAUUGUUAUUUUACUUUACUGCAAAUUCAAAAGACUUCGGACGCCGACUAAUUUGUUGCUCGUUAACAUAAGUUUGAGCGAUUUGCUGGUUUCUGUCCUCGGAAUAAACUUUACAUUUAUUUCGUGCGUCAAAGGAGGCUGGAUUUGGAGCCACGCAACAUGCGUGUGGGACGGAUUCAGUAACAGUUUAUUCGGCAUCGUAUCAAUCAUGACGCUUGCGGCACUGGCCUAUGAGCGCUAUAUCCGGGUGGUCCACGCCCAGGUGGUGGACUUUCCCUGGGCGUGGCGGGCCAUUGCCCACAUCUGGCUUUACUCCUUGGCUUGGACCGGAGCUCCUCUCUUGGGCUGGAACCGCUACACUCUGGAGAUCCACCGACUGGGAUGCUCCUUGGACUGGGCAUCGAAGGACCCAAAUGAUGCUUCGUUUAUUCUCCUCUUCCUUCUGGCUUGUUUCUUCGUCCCUGUUGGCAUCAUGGUCUACUGCUACGGGAACAUCCUCUACACAGUGCAAAUGCUGCGCUCCAUCCAGGAUCUUCAGACAGUUCAGAUUAUCAAGAUCCUGAGAUAUGAGAAGAAGGUGGCCGCAAUGUUCCUUCUCAUGAUCUCCUGCUUCCUGGUGUGCUGGACGCCCUACGCUGUCGUGUCUAUGAUGGUGGCUUUCGGCAGGAAGAGCGCGGUCUCGCCAACUGUGGCCAUUAUCCCCUCUUUCUUUGCCAAGUCCAGCACAGCCUACAACCCCCUCAUCUAUGUAUUCAUGAACAUAAAGUUUCGCCGCUGUUUGCUGCAGCUGCUGUGUUCAAGGUUGUCUGGGCUGCAGCACAGCUUCAAAGAGCGCCCCCUGGCUCCGGUCGAACGCCCCAUCAGGCCCAUUUUUGUUUCGAGUUCAUGCGGCAGCAGAAAGAGACCCAAAAAGAGGGUGACCUUCAGCUCCUCCUCCAUCGUCUUUGUGAUUACCAGCGAUGAUUUCCACUGCUUCGACGUCACGUCCCCUGCAGAGUCCUCUAGUAAUGUAAUUCAAGUGAGGCCUCUUUGAUCGCCCAAGAGACUUCUCAUCCUGUACAGCAGUAUGUCUCAGGAUCUGUCCUACAAUUUCAAGGCAAAAUUAACAUCAAAUAUUCACAGUGUGGGAGUUUUGGUUACAGUCCAGCAGGUGGUGAUAUAUCUUGUGUAGUGUUCUAACGCUCAAGACAGUUCCUGGUCUUGGACCACAUUUUGAGGCUCUUGAUACAAUGUAUCACAAAAGUGAGUACACCCCUCACAUUUCUGCAGAUGUUUAAGUAUAUCUUUUCAUUGGACAACACUGACAAAAUGACACUUUGACACAAUGAAAAGUAGUCUGUGUGCAACUUAUAUAAUAGAGUUAAUUUUAUUUUACCCUCAAAAUAACUCAAAAUAUAGCCAU